AUGGAGGGCUCGGUGCUGAGUCCCACGUCCUGGGAGAAGCGGCGGGCCUGGAUCCGUCAGAGCCGCCAGUGGCAGACUCAGGACCUGGAAGAAGCCGAAGCAAUCCUACAGGACGGCCCAGAGGCCGAGCCUUCGAGCCUGGAUGAUGUGUUUCAGGAAGGGAAUUCAAUAAGUAAGAUUGAAGAUUGGCUGCAGGAUUGCGGAUACUCAGAAGAAGGAAUUUUUGAGGAAGCAGGACAGUCAAUUUACAAUGGUUGUCCAAGCCAUGGGGCCAGUUUUGAAGAUGACUUGACCCUUGGAGCUGAGGCUACACUGUUGGCCACCAAUGGCACACUCUUCUCCAGGAAUCUCCUGGAGACAGCACGGCCUCGUCAACUACGGGAUCUUGGAUGCAGUUUGGCUUCCAGCAGCAUGACUGGUGCAACCAACAAGACUAGUUCAAGCAUCUCAGAAAUUCUGGACAAGGUGCAAGAAGACGCAGAAGAUGUUCUUUUCAGUCUAGGCUUUGGCAAUGAGAACCAUAAGGAAACUUCUCGGAUUCCUGCUCGAUUUUUCACUAACCCAUCUCAGGCCAAAGGCAUUGAUUUUCAACUUUUCCUGAAGUCCCAGGUGCGGAGGAUAGAGAUGGAGGAUCCUUGUCUCAUGCUAGCCAGUAGAUUUAAGCAGGUGCAAACACUGGCUGCUACUGCCGAUGCCUUCUUUUGUCUCUACUCCUAUGUUUCUAAGACACCUGUCCAAAAGUUCAUCCCAUCCCACAUGUUCUGGAAUUGGAACCCAACUGAUGUGCCAUCUAUCAGGAUUCUGACCCCAGAGCCUGAGCCUCACUCGCCCAGGGAUCGCCUCCGGAAAGCCAUUUCCAAGAUGUGCCUCUACACAUGCCCCAAAGAUCACUCAUCACCACCCCGCAGCAGUGCCCAAAAGAACAGUAUGGACCAAGUAGUAUGGGAAGUGAUGGACAGAGUGAGAGGAGAGAAGCAGGUCCUCCAGCAAGAUCCUGAUUCUGGUCCAAGGACACAGAACUAUCCCAUGCCCUUGAUCAGAAAUGUGAAGCUGCCCACUUCUUCCUGUCCAUGUAUUCUCUGCUGCCCUGGAGAGAAAACACAGCGGUGGAUGUCCAGAGAACAAGCACCACUGCAAACUCUGAAUUCAAAUUCCAAGGAACCCUAUUACACACAAUCUCUGCCCAGAACAGAUCUGCAGUGGAGCACAGAUUCUGUACAGGUAAAGAGAGAACAGUGGACUCUGCCAGACACCAAUAAGGAAGGCCACGUAGCAAAGGAUGGAACGUUCUGGAAAAGGAGUAGCAGAGCCAGAAAAUGCCUUUUUCAGAAGACUCCCACGGACAGGAAGGUAAAACCACUGGAUCUGCCGGUUAUUAAGCAGAAAUGGCGCCCAGAGAGACCAGAAUUGUGUCGCUCUCGAACACAACAGCUGCUGGAAACCUUUGAUUUGGAGGUGAGUGGAUUGAAGGUGAAGAGACUGGAAGAGAAAUUACCUGGACUCUUGUCCUUGGGUAAAGAGAAUUCCUGUUUUUUCUCUUUGCCAGAUAUAAGGACUCUAGAAUUACACUCAGAUACCUUUGGGAGGGGGCUAAUACAAUAG